AUGCCCCAGGAUGUUCAGCCCUGUGUCAUCAGCCGGGCGCCGGGCCUGAAGCUGGUGGUGGAGACACUCAUCUCCUCCCUCAAGCCCAUCGGCAACAUCGUGCUCAUCUGCUGUGCCUUCUUCAUCAUCUUUGGCAUCCUAGGAGUUCAGCUCUUCAAGGGCAAGUUCUACCACUGUCUGGGCGUGGACACCCGUAACAUCACCAACCGCUCGGACUGCAUGGCCGCCAACUACCGCUUCCAUCACAAAUACAACUUCGACAACCUGGGCCAGGCUCUGAUGUCCCUCUUUGUCCUGGCAUCCAAGGAUGGUUGGGUGAACAUCAUGUACAAUGGACUGGAUGCUGUCGCUGUGGACCAGCAGCCUGUGACCAACCACAACCCCUGGAUGCUGCUGUACUUCAUCUCCUUCCUGCUCAUCGUCAGCUUCUUUGUGCUCAACAUGUUUGUGGGUGUCGUGGUGGAGAACUUCCACAAGUGCCGGCAGCACCAGGAGGCUGAAGAGGCGCGACGGCGGGAAGAGAAGCGGCUGCGGCGCCUGGAGAAGAAGCGCCGGAAGGCCCAGCGGCUGCCCUACUAUGCCACCUAUUGUCACACCCGACUGCUCAUCCACUCCAUGUGCACCAGCCACUACCUGGACAUCUUCAUCACCUUCAUCAUCUGCCUCAACGUGGUCACCAUGUCCCUGGAGCACUACAAUCAGCCCACGUCCCUGGAGACAGCCCUCAAGUACUGCAACUAUAUGUUCACCACUGUGUUUGUGCUGGAGGCUGUGCUGAAGCUGGUGGCAUUUGGUCUGAGGCGCUUCUUCAAGGACCGAUGGAACCAGCUGGACCUAGCCAUUGUGCUACUGUCAGUCAUGGGCAUCACACUGGAGGAGAUAGAGAUUAAUGCGGCCCUGCCCAUCAACCCUACCAUCAUCCGCAUCAUGAGGGUUCUGCGCAUCGCCCGAGUGCUGAAGCUGUUGAAGAUGGCCACAGGGAUGCGGGCCCUGCUGGACACGGUGGUGCAAGCUUUGCCCCAGGUGGGCAACCUGGGCCUCCUCUUCAUGCUGCUCUUCUUCAUCUAUGCUGCCCUUGGGGUGGAGCUCUUUGGGAAGCUGGUCUGCAACGAUGAGAACCCGUGCGAGGGCAUGAGCCGGCAUGCCACCUUCGAGAACUUCGGCAUGGCCUUCCUCACACUCUUCCAGGUCUCCACGGGUGACAACUGGAACGGGAUCAUGAAGGACACGCUGCGGGACUGCACCCAUGAUGAGCGCAGCUGCCUGAGCAGCCUGCAGUUUGUGUCGCCACUGUACUUCGUGAGCUUCGUGCUCACCGCGCAGUUCGUGCUCAUCAACGUGGUGGUGGCUGUGCUUAUGAAGCACCUGGACGACAGCAAUAAGGAGGCGCAGGAGGACGCCGAGAUGGAUGCCGAGCUCGAGCUGGAGAUGGCCCACGGCCUGGGCCCUGGCCUGAGGCUGCCUGCCGGCUCCCCGGGCGCCCCUGGCCGAGGACCGGGAGGGGCGGGCGGCGGGGGCGACGCCGAGGGCAGCUUGUGCCGGCACUGCUACUCGCCUGCCCAGGAGAACCUGUGGCUGGACAGCGUCUCUUUAAUCAUCAAGGACUCCUUGGAGGGGGAGCUGACCAUCAUCGACAACCUCUCGGGCUCCAUUCACCACUACUCCUCGCCUGCCGGCUGCAAGAAAUGUCACCACGACAAGCAAGAGGUGCAGCUGGCUGAGACGGAGGCGUUCUCCCUGAACUCAGACAGGUCCUCGUCCAUCCUGCUGGGCGACGACCUGAGCCUUGAGGACCCCACAGCCUGCCCACCUGGCCCCAAAGACAGCAAGGGUGAGCUGGACCCACCUGAGCCCAUGUGUGUGAGAGACCUGGACGAAUGCUUCUUCCCCUUGUCCUCUACGGCCGUCUCACCGGGUCCAGAGAACUUCCUGUGUGAGAUGGAGGAGAUCCCAUUCAACCCUGUCCAGUCCUGGCUGAAACAUGAGAGCAGUCAAGCACCCCCAAGUCCCGUCUCCCCGGAUGCCUCCAGCCCUCUCCUGCCCAUGCCAGCCGAGUUCUUCCACCCUGCAGUGUCUGCCAGCCAGAAAGGCCCAGAAAAGGGCACCGGCACUGGGACCCUCCCCAAGAUUGCGCUGCAGGGCUCCUGGGCAUCUCUGCGGUCACCAAGGGUCAACUGCACCCUCCUCCGGCAGGCCACCGGGAGCGACACUUCGCUGGACGCCAGCCCCAGCAGCUCCGCGGGCAGCCUGCAGACCACGCUGGAGGACAGCCUGACCCUGAGCGACAGCCCCCGGCGCGCCCUGGGGCCGCCCGCGCCUGCUCCGGGACCCCGGGCCGGCCUGUCCCCCGCCGCGCACCGCCGCCUGAGCCUGCGGGGCCGGGGUCUGUUCAGCCUGCGGGGGCUGCGGGCGCAUCAGCGCAGCCACAGCAGCGGGGGCUCCACCAGCCCGGGCUGCACCUACCACGACUCCAUGGACCCCUCGGACGAGGAGGGCCGCGGCGGCGCGGGCGGCGGGGGCGCGGGCAGCGAGCACUCGGAGACCCUCAGCAGCCUCUCGCUCACUUCCCUCUUCUGCCCGCCGCCCCCGCCGCCGCUCCCCGGCCUCACGCCCGCCAGGAAGUUCAGCAGCACCAGCAGCCUGGCCGCCCCCGGCCGCCCCUGCGCCGCCGCCCUGGCCCACGGCCUGGCCCGGAGCCCCUCGUGGGCCGCGGACCGCAGCAAGGACCCCCUGGGCCGGGCGCCGCUGCCCAUGGGCCUGGGCCCCUUGGCGCCCCCGCCGCAACCGCUCCCCGGAGAGCUGGAGCCGGGAGACGCCGCCAGCAAGAGGAAGAGAUGA